AUGGCCUCCUGGGACUGCGACUUUUUCCGGAAGGACAGCCUCUUCGGUCAGGCGGAGAUCAACGCGCAGUACGCGGGCGGUGGCGGCUCGCCGUUCGUCGGCUUCCGGAGCGACUGGCUGGGGGCGGAGAGGAAGAGCGGCGCGAAGGACGCGGACGCCCCCAAGGUGGCGCCCUUCUACUGGGGCAUCAAGGAUGUGCAGUACAGCGAUGCACAGCGCUCGAAGACGUGGAAGAAGGCCAUGCUGAAGAAGGCGCCAGGCCUUCGGACUGUUUGGAGCAGGGCAGUGAGGUUCUAUUGGAACAGCUACAGCGGGGCUAAUAUGCGCUGCAGCCGCGGCGACCGCUGCGGGCGCCCUUCCCGCGAUGGGCCAGGCAGGGCGGACAGGUGCGCCCACUCGAUGGACGAGCUCAUGGUCGCCCCAUGGAACGCGACCCGUGGCAUCCACUACAAGAUAGCAUGGGCGCUCUGCGCACCCCCGCCGCCCCGCCGCCUGCCGGCUUUCUACGAGACGGGGGCCAUGUGA